CGCCCCGAUAAGUUUCGCGGUGGGAUCCGAAGCGGGCCAGUACCUCGUGGAAAAAGCCGGGAGAGGGUCAGGGAAUCGAGCGCGAAUUAUUCUCGAUCUCGGUCGAGCGUCAGAGGCAGGCUUACAAAAUGAACAUCUUCGGAGUGUUUCACGCGUUUCUGACAAUUCUGCCGCUCGUCUACGGACGUCAGUACGGAGAAGGUGCUCGUGCACUUGGGGGCGAAUGCCAAGGAGUCGUCUGCACCGACCCAAAUUCCCAUUGUGUCGCUAACCCGGAGUCACAAGGGAGCGGGAUCUGCAUGUGCAAACCAGGAUACGUGGAAGAGGCUGACAUCUGCAAGGUUCGAGCUGGAGGGGAAUGCAAGGAUAGCAAAUCGUGCGUGAAUAAUGCCACGUGCAGAGGAACUGCUGAAAAUUUGCAAUGCCUGUGCGAUGCUAAAUUCGUGGAAGAAGCUGGACUCUGCAAGGUACUGCCUGGAGGUGCGUGCACGGAAUCGAUAGCGUGCGUGAACAACUCCGUUUGCGAAGGCGCUGCCGAAGAUCUACGAUGUCGCUGCGUGGACGGAUUCGUGGCGGACGCCGGAGGUUGCAGGGUUCCAGACGGAGGGGAAUGCGUGGAAGCGAGCGAUUGCGUCGACGAUGCCCUCUGCACGGGAACUGAUGGGAAUGGACGAUGUGCUUGCAACGCUUCGUUCGUGGCGGACGCAGGACUCUGCAAGAUACCCAACGGAGGCGAUUGCACGCACACGAGCGAGUGCGUGAGCAACUCCAGCUGCACGGGAAUUGGAAGCACUCAGCAAUGCGAAUGCGACUUUGGAUUUGUGCCAGAGGGAGGAUCCUGCAAGGCCACGGUCGGAGUGGAAUGCACGGACACGAGCUCGUGCGUCUUAAAUGCAUCUUGUCUGGUCGUUGGUGGCAAUCGACGAUGCGCUUGUGACUUGGGAUUCGUGGAAGAGGAAGGACUCUGCAAGGUACCAGUUGGGGGGGAUUGCACGCUGAGAAACGAGUGCGUGGCGAAUGCCAUCUGUUUGUCUCCUGCCCGCAAUCGUAAAUGCCAUUGCAACCAGGGAUUCGUGGUGGAAGCUGGACGCUGCAGACGCCCCAAACUGGGCGAAGAAUGCGAUCCAGACGGAGAUCCAGUUUGCGAACAAAUCCCCAACGGAGGAGAAUGUCUUUUGAAUGGAGGCGGCUCACACACGUGCCAGUGCCAGAGUGGAUACGUGUCAGACGAUGGCGCCUGCAGGCUACCCAGCCUGGGCGAAGAAUGCUCUCCACAAACAGGUUGUGAAAAAGUUCCCAAUGGGGGACUAUGUCUUACGAGUGUAGGGAGUACUGGUACGUGCAAGUGUCAAGUUGGAUUCGUGGAAGAUGGAAAAACCUGCAAAAAGCCAUUGGAAGGAGAUUGCACAGAUUCCAUAGACUGCGUAUCGAAUGCUGCAUGUAACACGGACUCAAAGUGCGAAUGCAACCCAGGUUACGAACCAGAAAAGACUACUGGCUUGUGCAGGAAGGUGAAUGCUAGCCUCCACGAGGAUUGUGACCCAGGGGUAGGAGCAUGUAUAAGUCCCAAUGCUGCAUGUGUUGGCGAUCCAGGCUUGGAAGCCUGCUCUUGCAAACCAGGAUUUGUGGACAAUGAAGACAGCUGCAACGCCAGCGUCGACCGAACUACCUUCUGGCGCUACGGUGGAGGUGAUCUUGAAGGAUGUGAACGUAGUAUGGGCUAUCCAUAUUUGGAUGAACGAAUGACACCCAACCAGGCGGAUGACACUGAAGCCGUCCCACACCAUAAUCACGGUGAUCUUGCGGGGAAGGCCACAUCGGCGUCGGUUUUCCAAUGUGCCUCGUUAUUUGAUAUCGGCAGUAUUGAACUCGACAGCCCGAACGGGGAUCUUCGUCAGACGAGCAAUUGUGACAGGUUAUCUAUGGCCGUUGUUCCAGAAGUGGAAAAUAGACUUCCCAGCUUAGGUGAAGAUUGCAUUCCUGCACCGGGACCUGGAUGUGAAGAAAUCACUAACGGGGAAUGUCUCGGUAAUGAAGGGGGCCUUGCUACAUGCAAGUGUUUGAACGCAUUCGUGGAAGAUGGAGGCGCCUGCUAG